AUGAAUUCAGACGACCCAUCAAUACCUUCUUCAAUCCUGACUACCGCCGACCCUGGCCUGCCCCGACCAAACCCUACCCAAUCCUACUGGCAGCACCGCCCUCAUCCCCUCGCCAACGUCCAAUCCGCCCCCCUGCCUAGUACGACAGACAUCGCAGUGAUCGGUUCUGGCAUUACAGGCCUAUCAGUCGCGAAGAACCUUCUGGAGCAGCACCCGACGGCCGUGGUAACCGUCUUGGAAGCCCGGACGCUGUGUUCCGGCGCUACGGGCAGAAAUGGCGGGCAACUUGCUCCCAAUGCGGCCGAGGAGUACUUGACACUCCUCCGGGCUCAUGGGGCCGAAAUGGCCGGUAGGAUAGUGCGGUUUACCUUGAAGAACCUCGAUAUGAUGAUGCGGCUGAUCGAGGAAUACGCUCCCGAGGAGGCGCAGUUGGAGAGAGUGCGGAAGUUGAGGGUUUUCCUGUCCUCCAAGGCAUUUGCUGCGUUCAAAGCCAGUCUAGCGAAGUUGGAAAGAGAUCAUCCUGAUCUGAAAGGGGUAUAUGAGGUUGUUGAUGCCGAGAGGGUAGUGGAGGAAUUUGGUAUUUACGGCUCUGCUGGUGCAGCGCUUCUUCCAGCUGGGACUGCAUGGCCAUAUCGCAUCGUGACGAGCGUCUUUGCGGCCCUGCGCGAGAAAUAUCCCGCUCGACUCGCAAUUGAGACCAACACUCCAGUCACUGCCGUCUCCUACGAUGCAGAACCCUCAGCGUACAACUCCCCAUAUCCGUACACGCUGCACACGGCCCGAGGCCCUCUUCGCGCUGGCAAAGUCACAUACUGCACAAAUGGCUACACAGGACACCUCCUUCCCAAGCUCAGAGGGCUCAUCUACCCCUUCAAAGGUUCCAUGACCGUCCAGGAUCCAGGUCAGUCCGUGCCGAACCGUGCUUCUUCCAUCUCCUGGGCCUUUCACUAUCCGGUGUCUUAUAACAACGAGAACCAGCACUGUGACCAUGGUCUGUACUAUCUCCUUCAGAACAGGCAGACAGGGUACUUCUUUUUCGGCGGCGAGAGUGCCCCCUGGUCCUACUCCAUUUCCGCCGAUGAUAGCUUCAUGGAGCGCUAUGCUGUUGAGCAUCUGCAACGUGACCUUCCUCGCUAUUUUGGGAAAGCCAAGUCCGGUUCGGGACCAGGGUCAGAUUCGGAUUGGCAACUAGUAAGUGCCUGGAGUGGCAUAAUGGGCUUCUCAUUCGAUGAGCUCCCCCUUGUCGGUAAAUUGCCUCGUUCCCUGACAAACCGGGGGGGGGACGGAGAAUGGAUCGCUGCCGCGUUUAAUGGCUAUGGCAUGGCAAACUGUCUGUUGUCCGGCGAGGCCCUUGUGAAAAUGAUGCUGGGAGAGGACGUGAGUGCCUGCUUUCCAGGGGCGUAUUUUAUCGAUGAGCCCAGGUUGAUGAGGGCGAAGCUGGCACUACCUAAGCUUUGA